CGGGCUGGCGGUCCAUUGAGAGCACAGCAGACGCGCGGACCUCAAACAAACUUGCAGUCCACUCCUCUUUUCUUUCUUUCUUUCUUUCUUUCUUUCUUUCAGUUCUUCUUUCGUUUUUUGCUCUUCGUUUUUGUUUGGGGGGGCUCGUGCACGAGAGCAACAGCUGGCGCGCGCGUGGGGAGGACUUCUUAUAAAAAAAAAAAUUCUGUAGGCGCUCAUCGUCCGUGGACACUUGUCCACCUCCUCUUCAUCCUCCUUUUCAUCCUCACUUUUUUCUCCAUGGCUGGAUGUAAAGACUGAAAGGCGCUCAGGCAAGCGCGCGCACGUGCACGCGCGGCGCGAUGUGAAGGCGACGUGCACACUUUUGCUUUGGAAACACUUGACACCUGGUAGCGUGGGCCAGUCAGCAGCAGGAUCAGGAUGACAAGAUGGCCGGCUGUGUGUUUCCAAUGGGACCAGAGAGCUUUCAGCGCUUCACGCCGGACUCCCUGGCGGCCAUCGAGCAGCGCAUCGCCAAGGAGAAGGCCCGACGCAACAAACACUACCAGGAGGACCUUGGCGAUGUGGAGGUCCUUCGCCCCCGGGCUGACCUGGAGGCGGGAAAACAGCUGCCGCGCAUCUACGCUGACAUCCCCUCCCACCUGGUGGGAGUGCCCCUGGAGGACAUCGACCCGUACUACUUCCGAGACCAGAGGACUUUCAUAGUCCUGAACAAAGGCAAAGCCAUCUUUCGCUUCAACGCCACAUCAGCGCUCUACUUCUUCAGUCCCUUCCAUCCCGUGCGGACCGUCGCCAUCAGGAUUCUGGUGCAUUCCUUGUUCAGUUUGUUCAUCAUGUGCACCAUCCUGACCAACUGCUGUUUCAUGGCCAUGUCCGAGCCCGCCGCCUGGGCCAAAUAUGUCGAGUACACCUUCACGGGCAUCUACACCUUCGAAUCACUCAUCAAGAUCUUGGCGAGGGGCUUCUGCGUAGGACGCUUCACCUUUCUGCGGGACCCCUGGAACUGGCUUGACUUCAGCGUCAUCGUCAUGGCAUAUGUCACUGAGUUUGUUGACCUGGGUAAUGUGUCGGCCUUGCGGACGUUCAGGGUGCUGCGAGCGCUCAAAACCAUCUCAGUCAUCCCAGGCCUGAAGACAAUUGUAGGCGCUCUGAUCCAGUCGGUGAAGAAGCUGGCUGACGUGAUGAUCUUGACCGUCUUCUGCCUGAGCGUGUUCGCACUCAUCGGCCUGCAGCUCUUCAUGGGAAACCUUCGCCAGAAGUGCGUCCGCAGCACGGCGCACUGCGUCAACAACAGCCUGCCCGCCAAUGUGUCCUUCUUCUGCAACAACAAGACUUGGACGUCUAUGAGACACUUCAUCAGUGAUGAGGACAACUUCUACAAGGUGGAAGGGGCCAAGGAUGCGUUGAUCUGUGGCAACAGUAGCGAUGCAGGGAAGUGUCCUGACGGAUUCGAGUGCCUGAAGGCAGGACGCAACCCCAACUAUGGCUACACCAGUUUCGACACCUUCGGCUGGGCCUUCCUGUCGCUCUUCCGACUCAUGACUCAGGACUACUGGGAGAACCUCUACCACCAGACGCUACGCUCGGCCGGUAAGACCUACAUGGUGUUCUUCGUGGUGGUCAUCUUCCUGGGCUCCUUCUACCUGGUCAACCUGAUCUUGGCCGUGGUGGCGAUGGCGUAUGAGGAGCAGAACCAAGCCACCAUCGCCGAAGCCUGUCAGAAGGAGCGUGAGUUCCAGCUGGCUGUGGAGCGGUUGAAGAGGGAGCAGCAGGCAGCUGCGCAGAAAGCGACGGACUCUGAUUCACUAAUGUCGCCGGAAGUGUCUCCCUUUGGACCUCCGCUGGACCUGAUGGAGGAGCGGCGGCGCAGUCAGGCGCUGGUGGGAGUGGCUGACGUGGAGGCCAACCUAUCAGAGGAGAAGCUGCUGCAGGGUGACGGGACGGAAAGCGCCAAGCCCCUCCACCCCUUGCUGGCUCGGUCUUUCUCCACCAGAACUAGGCGGAGCAGCCAGGUGUCAUCCAUUUUUAAUUUCCGGCUGAAGAGCCGCGGCUCAGAGGCGGAGAUGGCCGACGACGAGUACAGCGUGCCGGGCGACGUGGUGGAGAGCGCCGGGGGCCGGACGUACAGCGGCAGCACCUUUGGUGGAAUACUGACACAACCAUGGCCCAAACGCCGACCCAGCACCUACAGCAACACCAGCAGGAACUCGCAGGUAUUUUAUCCCACUUUGAACAUCAACGGGAAGCUCUUUGUUGCCAUGGACCAUAACGGAGUGGUCUCGCCACCGCCACCACUGCAGGGGCAGCUGCCUGCCUGCACCAUGGAGAAGGUCAAGGAGGAGAGUGUCCCGACGUCAAGCACCGAGCUCAGCACGGUUCUGCUCCCUCGGUCGGCGUCCACGCUGGGCUCGGAGCGGCGGGACCGGGCGCCCAGCGCCGCCAGCCACCUCACAGACGCCAUGGAAGAACUGGAGGAGGCCCACAAGAAAUGCCCCCCGUGUUGGUACGCCUUCGCCCAUCGCCACCUGGUGUGGGAGUGCUCCCCCUGGUGGCUGAAGGUCAAGCAUCUCGUGAAGAUCAUGGUGAUGGACCCCUUCCUGGACUUGGCCAUCACCAUCUGCAUCGUCCUCAACACGCUCUUCAUGGCCAUGGAGCACUACCCCAUGACGAAAGACUUCAACGGCAUGCUCAGCAUCGGAAACCAGGUGUUCUCCGGCAUCUUCACCGCCGAGAUGGUUUUGAAGAUCAUCGCCCUGGACCCGUACUACUACUUCCAAACGGGCUGGAACAUCUUUGACAGCAUCAUCGUGUGCCUCAGCUUGAUGGAGCUCGGGCUGUCCGAAGUGGAAGGACUCAGCGUGCUGCGAUCUUUCCGACUGCUGCGAGUGUUCAAGCUGGCUCGCUCGUGGCCGACCCUGAACACGCUCAUCAAGAUCAUCGGCAAUUCCAUGGGCGCCCUGGGCAACCUGACGCUGGUGCUCGCCAUCAUCGUCUUCAUCUUUGCCGUGGUGGGCAUGCAGCUCUUUGGCAAGAACUACCAGGACUGCGUGUGCAAGAUCUCCAAAGACUGCUCACUCCCCCGCUGGCACAUGAAGGACUUCUUCCACUCCUUCCUCAUCGUUUUCCGCGUUCUGUGUGGCGAGUGGAUCGAGACCAUGUGGGACUGCAUGGAGGUUGCCGGACAGCCGCUCUGCAUCCUCGUCUUCAUGCUCGUCAUGGUCAUCGGGAAUCUGGUGUUGCUGAACCUGUUCCUGGCGCUGCUCCUCAGCAGCUUCAGCUCUGACAAUCUGUCGGCGCCCGAUGACGACGGCGAGAUGAACAACCUCCACAUCGCCAUCCACAGGAUCGGCCGAGGCCUGGCCUGGUGCCGCCGUCAGGUGGUGGAUUUCUUCAACGGGAACCUGAAGCGUCGACGGCAGAAGCGCAAAGAGGCCAAAACCAUGAUGAAGCUGAAACGACUGAGCAGCGUCCACGCCGAUGCCAAUGGCGCCGUCAUAGGACGCCACGUGGAGAAAUACGUGGCGCCCGAGGACGACAGUUACAUGACCAACCCCAACCUGACCAUCAGCGUGCCCAUAGCCCCCGGGGAGUCCGACGUGGAAUUCCCGGAGGAGGACGACGAGGAUGAGGAUGAGGAGGUGGACCAGGAGGACCGAAGCGACGACUCACAGGAAGACGACGCAGAGCAGGAUGAAAAAGACGACAUCAGCCUCUCAGAGGGCAGCACAGUGGACCUGAGGAAGCCCGGAGAGGAGGAGGACGAGUACUCCGAGAUGGCCGAAGAGGCCAUGGACCCUGAAAACUGUUUCCCUGAUGUGUGCACGUCAAGGUUCAAGUGCUGCGACGUGGACACAACGUCAGGCUUGGGUCAGGUGUGGUGGCGCAUGAGGAAGACGUGUUAUCACAUCGUAGAGCACAGCUGGUUCGAGUCCUUCAUCAUCUUCAUGAUCCUGCUUAGCUCGGGCGCACUGGCCUUCGAGGACAUCUACAUCGAGCAGAGGAAGGUGGUGAAGGUGGUGCUGGAGUACGCCGACAAGAUCUUCACGUACAUCUUCAUCCUGGAGAUGAUGCUCAAGUGGCUGGCGUAUGGCUUCAAGAAAUACUUCACCAACUACUGGUGCUGGCUGGACUUCCUCAUCGUGGAUGUGUCGCUGGUGAGCCUGGUGGCCAACACUUUGGGUUAUUCUGACUUUGCCGCCAUCAAAUCCCUACGCACGCUACGGGCCCUUCGCCCCCUGCGAGCGCUUUCCAGGUUCGAAGGCAUGCGGGUGGUGGUGAACGCGUUGAUAGGCGCCAUCCCGUCCAUCAUGAACGUGCUGCUGGUGUGUUUGAUCUUCUGGCUCAUCUUCAGCAUCAUGGGCGUCAACCUGUUCGCCGGCAAGUAUGGUCGCUGCGUGAACCGCACGGGCCACAGCUACGACGCCGGCUUCAUCAACAACAAGUCUCAGUGCGAAGCCCUCAACAACACGUCGCUCUACUACUGGACCAAGGUCAAGGUCAACUUUGACAACGUGGGAGCCGGAUACCUGGCGUUGCUGCAAGUGGCCACCUUCAAAGGCUGGAUGGAGAUCAUGUACGCCGCUGUGGACUCGCGAGGCGUGGAUGAUCAGCCCAUCAAGGAGAUCAACCUGUACAUGUACCUCUACUUCGUCAUCUUCAUCAUCUUCGGCUCCUUCUUCACCCUCAACCUCUUCAUUGGCGUCAUCAUCGACAACUUCAACCAGCAGAAGAGGAAGUUAGGAGGCCAGGACAUCUUCAUGACCGAGGAGCAGAAGAAAUACUACAACGCCAUGAAGAAGUUGGGCUCCAAGAAACCCCAGAAGCCCAUCCCCAGACCUCUGAAUGACGUGCAGGGCUUCUUCUUCGACCUGGUGGGCAAGCAAGCGUUCGACAUCAUCAUCAUGGUGCUGAUCCUGUUCAACAUGAUCACCAUGAUGGUGGAGACGGACGAGCAGUCGCCGCAGAUGGAGCGCGUCCUCAACAACAUCAACGUGGCCUUCAUCGUGGUCUUCACCGCCGAGUGUAUGGUGAAGAUUGUGGCGCUGCGCUGCUACUUCUUCACCGUGGGCUGGAACAUCUUCGACUUUGUGGUCGUCAUCCUCUCUAUCGUCGGCAUCGUGCUGGCCGACAUCAUCGAGAAGUACUUUGUGUCACCAACGCUGUUCCGCGUGAUCCGGCUGGCGCGCAUCGGGCGCAUCCUGCGGCUGAUCCGUGGCGCCAAGGGCAUCCGCACGCUGCUCUUUGCGCUGAUGAUGUCACUGCCAGCCCUCUUCAACAUUGGACUGCUGCUCUUCCUGGUCAUGUUCAUCUACGCCAUCUUCGGCAUGGCCAACUUCGCCUAUGUCAAGCGGCAGGCGGGCAUCGACGACAUGUUCAACUUCGAGACCUUCGGCAACAGCAUGAUCUGCCUGUUCCAGAUCACCACGUCGGCGGGCUGGGACGGCCUGCUGAGCCCUAUCCUCAACAAUUCGCCCGAGGAGUGCAACCCCUACGUGCCGCACACGGGCACCAGCCAGCGCGGCAACUGCGGCAACCCCUCGGUGGGCAUCACUUUCUUCGUCACCUACAUCAUCAUCUCCUUCCUUAUUGUGGUCAACAUGUACAUUGCCAUCAUCCUGGAGAACUUCAGCGUGGCCACUGAGGAGAGCACCGAGCCGCUCAGCGAGGAUGACUUUGAGAUGUUCUAUGAGGUCUGGGAGAAGUUCGACCCGGAGGCCACGCAGUUCAUCGAGUACGCCAAGCUGUCCGACUUCGCCGACUCCUUGUCGGAGCCGCUGCGCAUCGGCAAGCCCAACAAGAUCAAGCUGAUCUCCAUGGACCUGCCCAUGGUCAGCGGUGACAAGAUCCACUGCCUGGACAUCCUCUUUGCCUUCACCAAGCGUGUUCUGGGUGAGUCGGGUGAGAUGGACGCCCUCAAGCAGCAGAUGGAGGAGAAGUUCAUGAUGGCCAACCCGUCCAAGAUCUCCUACGAGCCCAUCACCACCACGUUGCGGCGGAAGCAGGAGGACGUCUCAGCCGCCGUCAUCCAGCGUUGCUACCGGAGACAUCUGGUGCGCCGGCAGAUGAAGGCCGCCUCCUACCUCUACCGACAGAUCACCACGCCGCGACACAAGCCGGCCCGGGGUGAGGACGAGGAGGCCGACGGCGAGGACGACGAGGAGGAGGAGGCGCCCGAGAAGGAAGGCCUUAUCGCUGCCAUGAUACGCGAGAACUACGGCUCCGGGCCGGUUGGGAUGGAGCGCUCCGAGACUGUGUCCUCCACUUCGUCGCCGCCGUCCUACGACAGCGUGACGCGAGCCGCCACCACUUUUCCCCCAAAGUCGGAGACGAGCAACGUCAGCACGGCGCCUUAGGAGCAAGAACACCAAAUGGAGAACUACGCGGCUGCUUGGGGCACUGUGGCCACUAUGGGGCGCCCAGAAAGUGUGAAGAUAUAAAAAGGGCGGGGCCCCAUAAAAGCUUGGAACAACUUUACUAGCUUUCAAGUUAUUUCCUGCCCCCUGCUGGACGCUCCUCAAACUGCAGUAGCGUCGCCUCGGGCCCCCAAAACACUAUCACUCAUGUAUCUGUCCGUCUCUUAUUGACUGGGAGCUGCAUUAGCGACAUUAGCUGCACGAGUGUUAGCUUGCGAGUGCAGAAAAGCAAGCUGAGCUUAGCAAAGGUUUUGUUAGUCAAAGUAGAACUUUGUUGACAGUCUUUUCAUAGCUGUACGAUUAUUACGACUAUUUUUUUAUAUUUUUUAGCGUAACCUGACAAGGGAAGGAAAAAAAAAGCUUUGCAGUUUUUCUCCUUGGAACUGUGACACUUUGGUGGAAGAGAUGAACAAUAAUUUUGUUGUUUUCCUUCACUGUCAAACAUACUCACAAAAACCACCCAAAAACCUACAGCGUUUUGUGCUACGGAUGGCCAGAAGCUAA